CCGCUCCCUGCUGCUGCCGCCGCUGCUGCUCCCGCGGCCCCGUCCCCCCCGCAGCUGCUGCCCGGGAGGGCGCAGGGCAGCCUGGCUGCGGACUGACCAGCCCUGACCUCCCCCCCUCGCCAGGGGAUCGGGGUGGGCGUGGCUCCCCCAUCUCUCCUGGUCUCCCCCCAGCCAGGGGAUCCCUCUGUCUGUGCACUGCUCCUCCUCCCCCCAAACCCACCCAAUCAAGGCAUCGCCCCUGGGUGUCGCCCCCACCAUGCUCACCCCCUGAUCCUCUUCUUGCCCCCCUUCUGUCCCCCCCAGUGACAGUGAUGGGGCUUGCUCUGCUGACAGCUUUCAUGUACAUCUGAGAAAAUAAGGAUACAGAAAGAAGAGGCGAAAUGAACCAUUUCCAGCAGUGGGUCAUAUUCCUGCUCUCCUUGUUUCUGGAGUGUACAGAGGCCAAAAAGCAUUGCUGGUACUUUGAAGGGUUGUAUCCUACAUAUUAUAUAUGUCGCUCCUAUGAAGAUUGCUGUGGGUCAAGAUGCUGCGUAAGAGCCCUCUCUAUCCAGCGACUCUGGUAUUUUUGGUUCCUUCUCAUGAUGGGUGUUCUAUUCUGCUGCGGAGCUGGUUUCUUCAUCCGAAGGCGGAUGUACCCUCCACCGCUCGUAGAAGAACCUACUUUUAAUGUAUCCUACACCAGACAACCAGCCAACACUGCAGCAGGAUCACAGCAACCAGGGAUGCCAUACUACACGGAUCCAGGAGGACCUGUGAUGAACCCCAUGGCUAUGGCUUUCCAUGUCCAGCCCAACUCCCCGCAAGGAAAUCCAGUGUACCCACCUCCGCCCUCUUACUGCAACGCACCCCCACCCCCAUAUGAGCAGGUGGUGAAAUCCUCCACGUAACAACUCUGCAGCUCUGUUACCUGACUCUGUGAGAAGCAGGUGCCAUUGCAAAGUGACUGGGGUAGAGGUCCUCUGCCUUUCUGAACACUUGCUAGUUCUCUGACUCUCCCUACACACACUCCCCAUUAACAUUACUUGCAAGGGAUGGUUUUUUUUGUAGUAGGGGGUGAAUUUUCAUUUUGAUGUAUUCAAAACUAAGGUCUUUUAAAUGCUUUUAAUGGAAACCUAUAUUUAAAUCCAGUACGUUUUCCCUUUAUUUAUUGUUUCAAAGGUGUAUAUUAACGCAUUGUGGCAAAAUACGAUAGCAGCUUUAUGCAACCACAAAGUGAUGCACGCUCUCCUAAAACCCAGUAGACAAAUGUGGUAUUCUACUAGAGUAGAAAGGUGAGAAGGAGUGAGUUGGAGGAAAGAGUCAGGGCAAGAUAUUUAUAAGUGUGACCACCAACCUCAUGGCCUGUGGUUUUCUAGGAAAGCUCUGUUCUGAGACAAAGAAGGGGGCAGGAUGUUAUGGAAGCCAUCGAGUGAGCGAGGAAGUCGAGUCCUGGCAGUGGGUUCUGUUUGGAACGAGUCCCACUUGAGAACUUCACUUCUAUAAAAGGUGUGGGUCUAAGAAAUCGUGAAUGAGCAGGUCUGCAAUGUCUCCACCAGCAGCUGGACUCUGAACUUGCCUCUGAACAAGCCUGGCUCCUCUUCUCCUUCUGACACUUUCUGGAGGGCUUUUGUUGUCGUUGUUGUUGUUGCUGCCAAGGAUAAGAUUGUAAAAUAUAGUUGAUGACCUGUGUGUGGCAGGGAAAAUGUUAUCAGCUAACAGCUACACAUCUACACUUGUAGAGAAACUACUUCAAAAUAUUUCAAUACACAGAAGAGUUUUCUGCCCUAAAGUUAAAAUGGAAAAAAUGGGAUCUUAGGCCCAGAUCCUCAAGGUAUUUGGGCACUGAACUUCCAUCUGGGCCUUGGGUCCCAAUCUUGCUCCCUUUGAAGUCACUGGGAGUUUUGUCAUUGACUUCACCGGGUGAUGACUGGGUCCUUGUUCCAUACAACGUGUUAGCUCACUGGGUUUGGUUAUGGUCUUACAGUCACAGAGAGAGCACAAAAGGGUGCUGUCUUCUCCAAGCAAGAGAUUUGAAAAUCUUCUCUUAAUGAUGCUUUAAGUGCAAUAACUUACUGGGAUAUAUGUUUAAGGGUUGCUUCUGAGCCUAAUGCAUGGAUACUUUGGCCAUGCAAUACCACUUGCAGACGAGUCCCUGUGCAUCAUGCUCAAAAUGUCCCCAGUUGUAUUUGCCUCAUACUCCUGGGAGGUUCUUUGAGUGGCAGUGGCUACUACCCAACAUCUUCAAACAAACAAAACCUUUUCUCCUGAGGUGUUAAUGAAUGGUUGUUUUUGCAGACAUUUUCCCACUUACUUUGAUUGUUUCCAAUUAAAGUGUGGCGUUUUUUAUUGCUGUUUGAACUGAAGAAUCACCUCAACUAUGAGCUCCUGGCACAAGACCUAUAGAAAUGUUUAUUAACUUCCAAUUAGUUACACCAGUGCCAUCCCACUGGAUGCCUGAGGGUGCCCAUGUGUAACUGAAUGCAUACUCCCAAGACAUCUGCAUUGCGGACAUGUAGUUGAGGGCCUUAUUUAGCCUGCAGAGCCUUUAUCACUGGUGAUGAUUUGUGAGAAUUUGGUUCUCAGAGCCCAGGCUGAGUUUGCAGGGCUAACAAUCAGAGACGAACAUCUUUUUGCUUGUAUACUGCACACCUUCAGUACAGAAAAUACCGAGCACCAAUAAACCCGGGAACACCCUGUCCUCUUUUUAGUCCCUUUUCUGAGUGGAACUACCCUUCAAAGGAUCAAAUCUAGCAGUCAUAACUCAGGCGGAAUUACUAUUGAAAAUAGCCACUUGUGUGACGUCUAGGAGAAAAUGCUUUCUGCGCCCACUCCAGUACAACCCUGACACGCUCUGGGAGGAAUUGGCCUGCUAUAAAUACACUGAAAUUGCAUUCAUUUGAAUUGUGUUACAUUUACCAAAGCCCAGCCUGGGACUUCAGCUAGAAUCCUUAGGGUCACAGAAACAUGUUUCAUAGACUCCAGUGGAUCAUUUGCAAGCAGCCUUAAGGGGCCAAAUCCCAGUUCCACUGGUGUCAAUGGGAGAUUUGCCAUUGAUUUCAACUGGAUCAAGAUCUGGCCCAAACACAAGGAUUAAACUUGUUGAGCAAAUAAAAUAUAAGCGGAGGAUUCCUGCCAGGAGCAGUGGUAGCAUUUCUGUUAGCCUUUGCACUGGAUUUCAUCUCGGCAUAUAGCUAUUAGUCUUGCUUUCAAGAAGAAAUAAAUGAAGGGAUAAAGAUGACAUCAGGUUAAAAAUACUAACCUGGAAGGCUGGGCUGGUUUUGCAUUUUCUAAAUACAGUCUUUAAAGGGGCUUGUCUACAUGAACAUUUAGUUUGCGGCAAGCUGAGGGAUGAAUCUAUCCUGUGUUAGCCUGCUGCGUCAAAACUGGCCACGUGGACUUGCUGAUGUGCAGUAACAGUUCCUUAGUACUCUUUGAUCUACCUGGCUUUGGAACAGGACUAGGUCAAAGGGCAUUAAGGAGUGUUGUUAGUGUGCAUCAGUGUGGGGUAGAUUCUCCCUCCCCCCCUUCCCCCCGUUUGCUGUGAAUUAAAUGAUCAAAUAGGCAAACCCAAAGAGUAUGUUUCUAAGCCUACUUACACUGGUAUAAACCAAGAGGAACUCCAGUAAAGUCAACUCAGUUCCACUGGUAUGAGAUUAGAAUCAGGCCCUGUGUUUCUACUUGCACUUAUAGUAAAGGCCAUAGGAAGUUAAAUCAGAUCGUAUCCAACCAUAUUGUGUGUUAGAAGUGUUGAAUGUGACAUGCAUAUCCAUUUAUCUUUUUAGGGUAAAAAGAGACACUCGUACUUACUGAGACUGUAAGAUUUCACAAUACAUGGCAAAGCUCAUUCCUUUCUGUAGUGCUGUGUUUUGUGCUAUAUUCCAACAUAAAGUUUGACCUGAUCUCUUGCUUAUCCCUACAGACUACUUUGCAGAUUAAAAACCAAUCAAAUUGUAAUAUUUUCUGUUGUUCUUUUUCACAGAGUUAAAAGGGAGUUGGCUUUAAAUAACAAACCAAACUUUGUUAAACCUUCUGUGUGAUAGUGUCCUAGUGUGUCCUAGACACGAAAGGCAAAAUUCCUCUCAGCUCCACCCAACUGAUCUUGACUAAGUUAACCUACCUGAAUCUAAAUUUACUGUAAUCUCUUUAUCAUUGCACGAGGUGCCAGAUCCUGCAAACACAUAUGUGCUUAACUUUAAGCAAGGAGGCUUCAGUGUGAGUACUUGGGGGCUGAAAAUUAAGAUUGCACAUAAAUGUUUGCAGGAUUGUCUAACCACCGACUAUUGAGAUCUCCUAGUUGCCCAUAUUGUUUUUCCACACAGACUUAUGUGCAUACACAGAAUAUUGGAGGGGAAACCUGCAGUGCAGACCUGAGAGGAGACUCUUGCACUUAGCGAACUCUCCUAUUGCAGUGUUACUCAUGGGCUUAAUACCGUAGAUCUAAAGCCAGAAGGGCUCAUUAGAUAAGCUAGUCUGACCUGUACAACACAGGCCAGAGGCUUUCACCCAAUUCCCCUGCACUGAUACCAACAUUGAGAAACACUGAAGAAAAAAAAUACAUCUCAAAAGUAUUGCAGCAAUAGUACGGUGUUCUGAGGAUAUUACUGUUAAAAUAUUCUUCCUGGCCGGGGCCCAUGGUAAGGAUACAGCAGCUACUUGUGGGUUUCCAAUGCAGGCCCUAUGAAUAUUUCAGAUAUAUGUAUUACAUGAUUGGCUCAAUUACCUGCAUAGCACAAUUGUAUGUGUUUUCUAACCUAGUUUCCCCCCUACUGUAGAGCUGCCUAUAAUCACAUAAUACGGCUCUGUAUACACUGUAUUAUUUUUUUUAACUUAAGGAAUUUUUUUUUCCUUCAACAGACUAGGCCUUAUGAUGUGAGCAAAUAGGUGGUGUUCAACCCUUUUAUAUUAUUAAAUGUGUCCAAGAGAACUGAUGUUUUCCUGAUAACAUUGGGUAGAACCCUUUUCCAGUGGACUCUGAUGCUGUAUAUUGACAUUCAACUUCUGGUGAAGUUUUUCUGUGAUCCAAUUGUUUCCUUUAUUAAUGUUGGUGGCUUAUAACCACCUCUUACAAUGAAGUCAAACUCCUGUUCUAGUGAAGUCAUUUGGUACUUAAUUGAAAACAGAGCAGCACUGUGGGUAAAUCUAGGACUUAUUUGCAGAUUGCUUGCAUGCUUUUCCUCUGAUAGUCCUUGUCUUUUGGUUUCUAGGUUUUUGUUUUGUUUCCCUUUAUUUUAGUUUUUUUUUAAAGGAAAAAGGGGUGGUGGGGGGAAGAAACCCUGUAUCUUUUGAUAGGGUCAUGUUUCA